AUGGACUACACUUUCAGCCUUGAAGAAAACUUUGCCAUUACCGUGGCUCAGCGCUUAUUCGAGCAUUUCCCUGAAGAAUGCAAUCCUGUGCUGGUUGAGGCUGGCGUCUCACGCCGCAUUAUCAAAGGACUCAGCGCUGACUUAGCCGCUCUGGCUAGUCGAAAGCCAAUGCCUGGACUCGUUCAACGGGCUGGUAUAGUUGGAAAGGUCAUGAAAUUUUUUCGAGGGCGUGAAAGCUUCGGCAUCGAGGUAUCCGAGGACCCGAUCUCGAGGAUCGACAUCGCAAUGCCCGGUAGCUUUCCAGAUAUCCAAACCAACGACGAAGUUUCGGAUGAGGCGGAACCUUCCAUCAAGGCCCCAGAUGAACGACAGAUCCUGCCCGCCCAGGAAAUCACAAAGCCAGGAAGUUACUACCCUCCUGCAAGAACUACGGAAGCGUACACGUUUGUCAAAGACCAACUGGCCGACAUCGCAUCCCAACGCAGAGCUACGUACAAGAAUGCACCCUCAGGCAUUGUAUCAGACGACUUGGCCUGCAAACCAAGCCCCAUCUCUGCCCUCAAAAGAGACAACCAUUCACCUGCUUCACUGAAGCGACUCCAGAAGUCGAGAGGCCUCAAAAGGGUGCAUUUCUCACCAUCCGCCAAGCAAUCUACCCCUUCACCGGCGAAAUCAAGGGGCUUCCUCAGCCGAAUUUUCGGCUCUCCUACCGUUUCCGGAUCACCACUGGGACGACACGUUAUUGAUGCCAGCCCUCUGAGCGAUUCUCAGGUUGACGGCUCGUCAGACGGCCCUCACACUACGAUGCCGAAUCGACAUUCAGACGCCACUCCAGAACCUGGCGAUGUAUUAGAAGAGAGCGAUAGCGAGCAAAUCGCGGCUCGCUGUCACCCCCAAUUGCUGGAGCAUCUCAACAAAUCCUUGAAUGGCCUUGAAGCUAAGGGAUUCUUCGCCAAGGAUGAACCGCAAGACUUAUCAUCCAGCCCAUCCAGCCCACUUACACCUCCGACCCUGGCAGGUCUAACCAUCUCGGAUGACAAAGAAGAGGAGCUUGAAGAUCUCUCUCUCGCCCUGCAGCUAUUGCUUGAUGUCGACGAGGCACGCCGAAGAGAAGAAGAGGAGAAGAAAGCUAGACAGGCAAGAGAGGAGAGAUUGUUGAAGACGGGUGGACUUCGCGCUCCUCAGAGACCUUUAGUCACAUCAUUACCUGCUGAAUGGGUUGAGAAGGUGCAAGCCACGAUGCAAGCCAAUCCCUCGCUGACACUCGCGACGACGGCUGAAAGCGUUCCCCUCAAGAAGCACGACUUCGCCAUGGUAGUUCCACCAACUGUGUGGCUCAACGACGAGAUUGUCAAUGGCGCAUUGCAAUGGCUGGAUCGAUACGUCAAUGUGGCUGCAGGCGCCGUAGAUGAGAAUGGUGUUCAAAACACCGAACGAGCACUUCGCCGUUACGGAAUCAACAAGAACAACUUUCUCAAUCUGGAGACGAUCCUCAUGCCAAUCUGUAAGAACAACCAUUGGACAUUGCUCGUCAUCCGGCCCAAGAAGCGAACCGUAUCGCAUAUGGAUUCCUUCAACCCUGCGGGCUCAUCCACGCAUACUACUAGAGCCUUGAACUGGGUCCAGGCCUUCCUGGGCGGCGACUACAAGGCAAGCGAAUGGAAAGUUGUCAUUCAUGAGGCUCCUAUUCAGACCAAUGGGUACGACUGUGGUGUCUUUACGAUCACCAACGGAAUGUGUCUUGCGCUUGGCCUCAAUGCUAUCGACGCCUACUCGGGCGAGGAUUUGCCAGAACAACGCCUGAGAAUCGCUGGUAUGCUUCUCAACAAAGGCUUCAGCGGCGAAUUCGACCUCGCCGAUCUAUAA